UUGAUUAAAUUUGAAAAACCUUUAUUUUUAAAUGGCGCUGGCCCCAGGUCAGCAGGCGGUUUUUUCUGCAUCAAGAUGGGCUUUGCCAUUUCUGUCGUGGGCACCCGUGGUGGCCUGAUUGUCAGUUUUCUCCGGGCAUUUUUGAGGCCAAGUGCCUUGCGCUGCAUGUAGGCGAACCACCCUACGGAGCGGUUUGGCUUUUUAAAUUAUUGUUAUCAUUUGGGGGCAGAGAACCGUCGAUCUCGUGCACCCGUCCUCUCCGCAGAAGAGGCUUUGCGCCGGCGGUGGGUCGCUCCGAGGGUGAGGUUCCUCCCGGGGUGAGCGAGCCCCGGCCCCGCGCGCAGUCCAGCGGCCCCGCGAGCCUGUCCUCUCUCUGCCCGCGCCGGGAAAAUGGAGGCUGUGAUUGAGAAGGAAUGCAGCGCGCUCGGAGGCCUCUUCCAGACCAUCAUCAGCGACAUGAAGGGGAGUUAUCCAGUUUGGGAAGAUUUCAUAAACAAAGCCGGAAAGCUGCAGUCCCAGCUGCGGACGACAGUAGUAGCAGCAGCUGCCUUCUUGGACGCCUUUCAGAAAGUGGCCGACAUGGCCACCAACACACGUGGUGGCACCAGGGAGAUUGGCUCGGCUCUUACCAGGAUGUGUAUGAGGCACCGAAGCAUAGAAGCCAAACUGAGGCAGUUUUCAAGUGCUUUAAUUGACUGUCUGAUAAACCCUCUUCAAGAGCAGAUGGAAGAAUGGAAGAAGGUGGCCAACCAGUUGGAUAAGGACCAUGCAAAAGAAUAUAAGAAAGCUCGCCAAGAGAUAAAAAAGAAGUCCUCAGAUACAUUGAAACUGCAGAAGAAAGCAAAAAAAGUGGACGCUCUGGGGAGAGGGGACAUUCAGCCUCAGUUGGACAGUGCUCUCCAAGAUGUCAAUGACAAAUAUCUCUUGUUGGAAGAAACAGAAAAGCAGGCUGUCCGCAAGGCUUUGAUUGAAGAGCGCGGCCGGUUCUGCACCUUCAUCUCCAUGCUGCGACCAGUAAUAGAAGAAGAGAUCUCAAUGCUAGGGGAAAUUACACACCUUCAGACCAUAUCUGAAGAUCUGAAGAGCCUGACCAUGGACCCUCACAAACUGCCCUCCUCCAGUGAACAGGUAAUUUUGGACUUGAAAGGUUCUGAUUACAGUUGGUCAUAUCAGACACCACCCUCUUCUCCCAGCACCACCAUGUCCAGAAAGUCAAGUGUCUGCAGCAGCCUAAACAGUGUCAACAGCAGUGACUCCCGGUCCAGCGGUUCCCACUCGCAUUCUCCCAGCUCACAUUACCGCUACCGCAGCUCCAACCUGGCCCAGCAGGCGCCCGUGCGGCUGUCCAGUGUGUCCUCCCAUGACUCAGGAUUCAUAUCCCAGGACGCCUUCCAAUCCAAGUCGCCCUCCCCCAUGCCACCUGAGACUGCCAACCAGUUGUCUAAUGGGUUUUCUCACUAUAGUUUAUCAAGUGAGUCCCAUGCGGGGCCCGUGGGUGCAGGCCCUUUCCCUCAUUGCCUGCCUGCCUCCCGCCUGCUCCCUCGGGUCACCUCUGUCCACCUUCCAGACUACGCUCAUUAUUACACCAUUGGGCCCGGCAUGUUCCCGUCAUCUCAGAUCCCUAGCUGGAAGGACUGGGCUAAGCCAGGACCCUACGACCAGCCGCUGGUGAACACCCUCCAGCGCCGCAAAGAAAAGCGCGAGGCGGACCCCAAUGGGGGAGGACCCAGUACGACAGGAGGCCCACCCACAGCUGCCGAGGAGGCGCCAAGACCCCGGAGCAUGACCCCUGAUGGCUUGUCUUUCUCCUCUACCCUGCAGCCUGGUGAGGAAAUGGAGGCUUGUGAGGAGCUGGCACUUGCCUUGUCACGGGGUCUUCAGCUGGACACACAGAGGAGCAGUCGGGACUCACUGCAGUGUUCCAGUGGUUACAGCACCCAGACGACCACACCGUGCUGCUCCGAGGACACCAUCCCCUCGCAAGUUUCAGAUUAUGAUUAUUUCUCCGUAAGCGGUGACCAGGAGGCAGAUCAACAGGAGUUUGAUAAAUCCUCCACCAUUCCGAGAAACAGUGACAUCAGCCAGUCCUAUCGGCGAAUGUUCCAAGCCAAGCGUCCAGCCUCCACAGCUGGUCUUCCUACCACUCUUGGACCUGCUAUGGUCACCCCAGGGGUUGCAACCAUCCGACGGACCCCUUCCACCAAGCCUUCUGUCCGCCGGGGGACCAUUGGGGCUGGUCCCAUCCCUAUCAAGACACCAGUGAUCCCUGUCAAGACCCCAACUGUCCCAGACCUCCCUGGGGUGCUACCAACCCCCUCAGAUGGGCCAGAGGAGCGGGGUGAGCACAGCCCUGAGUCUCCAUCUGUGGGUGAGGGCCCCCAGGGUGUCACCAAUAUGCCCUCUUCCAUGUGGAGUGGCCAAGCCUCUGUCAACCCUCCACUUCCAGGCCCAAAGCCCAGUAUCCCUGAGGAGCACAGACAGGCAAUUCCAGAAAGUGAGGCUGAAGAGCAGGAAAGGGAUUCCCCAAGUGCCACUGUCUCCCCAGGCCAGAUUCCAGAGAGUGACCCUGCAGACCUGAGUCCGAGAGAUGCCCCUCAAGGAGAAGACAUGCUGAACGCCAUCCGAAGGGGUGUGAAACUGAAAAAGACCACGACAAAUGAUCGUUCAGCCCCUCGGUUCUCUUAGGCUCUUGUAGGCUCCCGGAAAAUGCUGCCAGUGGGGAAUGAACUCUUUAAUUAAUAAAACCUAAUUUGUCUUGAUCCAUUCCAAUCUAUAAUCAAACAAAAAAUUUUGUAGGCAACUCAGAAUUCAGCUCUUUUCAAAGUACUCACCAUCUUUAGAUAAGAAUUAAAAGCAACAUAUAAAACUGACAUAAUCUUGAUCUUUUAAUUUGUAAAUAUUGACAAUUUUGUUUCUGCACAUUUUAAUCUUAGUUUUCCCUUUUGAUUUUUCUGAAGGUGCCAAAUUCCAUUUAACUUUUUUACAAGUCUUUGUAAAAUUUUAAAUGCGUAAGGGUGGGAUAGGGUGGGAUGGGCCACAAAGUAGUUAAUUUCAGAAAAGGAUUACUAUGCUUUCUUUUUUUCUCCCCGCAAGCUUUUGUAGAUGCAGUGUAGUCUAGUUUAGAAGCAAAUUCAAGUUAUUUUAAUGUACAAACAAAAUGGUAAGAGGUAAAAUCCUCACUUAAAUAUACUAGUUCUGGAUGAGAAAUGCAGGAGUAACAAUUGAACAAUAUUCAGAGAGAAGUAAAUCUGGAAAUGGUAGACGGUGUUGGGAUUGGGGGGAGGGCUGUGGGAGGGGCACAACUGUCAACAUAGCCAAUCCUGUUACAUUUAAGAGUAGCCUUGUAGGUUCAAUUUCUAGUAGCUUCAUGGUAAAUGCAUCUGAAUAAGCCAUACUGGAUUGCAGUGUUUGUUUCUGUAGGUGUUUAAGGACUCCUUUCUCCCACGAUUUCUCUUGACUGCACACAGCAUCCACCUCCAAUCCACGCAUGCUGCUGCCACUGGGUGGACGUAGACCCACCCACCCACUUUAGUUUCUCGUCUAUUAUACUCACCUCCACCAAUCCAGACACAUCCAAAAGGGGAAGGCAAUUUAGAAAAUGUGAAAACAUUUAAAAAUGAUAGCAGGGAAUUCUUAAAUACAGCAAAUGCCUUUUACUUAACUGUGCCCAGCAGGCUGGGUGCAUAGAAAAGCCCAGAUAUUUUGAAGAACUUGGAGCAUAUUCAACAAGGGUAACCAGCUUGGAAUCUAGCAAUUUGCCAAUGUGUUUACCAAUUUUGGGAGCUUGUUCUUCUCACCUUCCUUAAGUAAAUGGCAGUUAAUUGGCUUCAUACUAAACACUAAGAGGAGGAUUAAUUUAUUUGUCACUGGGAAUCUGCCCACUAUACUACCUGUUUUCUAUUUUGUGCGUGUUCUAGGCUACGCUUUUUUGGAAUGUUUUUGUCUUCUAAGUUGAAGUUAUUAUAAUACCCAUCCCCUAAAGUCAACAGAGAUUUGUACAUUUGUAACUGUGCCUCUCUGGGGAGAGAAGCUUGAUGGGUCCCACAACGCCCUGCAGAUUUCUGUUGGCACUAACCCUCCGUGACAUACUCUUGUUUUAAUACAUAGCCACAUUGGAUGUGAGAAUAACGUUCCUGUACAGUCGCUGUUCUAUAUAUUAACAUUUAACACUGCUGUGAUUGCUCAAGGACAUUUUAGGUUACGGCUUUAAAGCAAAGGCAUGAUUAUUAGAAACAGCUUUUUUUCCUUUGAAAAACAAGCUCCUUUUACAGACUAUAAGCAACAGUAGUGCCUGUGGUUUAGCCCACCAAUCUUGAUGACUAAAAGUAGCUGAUGCAUUGUGCAUAUGAUGCUUGAGAUGGUUUUUGCAAAUGCAGAAAUCACUGCAAGGUAAUUACAUUAGAAAAAAGUGGUAUUUUAAACCUUCAAAAUAAAUGGAUGUAACUGUACCUUGGUACAGCUUUUCACUUGUUUAGUUUUUAAACGUUAGUAUAAUCUGAAUAAAUUUAAUAUAAAAUGUUGCCAAAUUCAAUGUAGAAAGAAUGUGACAAAACACCUUGGGUAGCCUGUUUGUGUUUUUGCAUAUUGUAAAAGCAGUGUCACAGCUGAAAAUAAAGAAAUCCUUUCUAAAGGUAAAUUAUUGUGGUUUAGUUGCUAGUUUGUACAGAGUUGACUUCUCCCAUGCAGCUUUUGUUCUAAACUUGUACAAAUAACACUUGUGUAAUGUGUCUCCCUUCUACAUUGUAACAGUUGCUUCUGCCUACAUUAUAAAUAAAGAACCACUAGGAAAAAAAAAAUGCCCUGUAUUUCAAGUCUUAUUAAAAUCAGUUUGAGGUCUUAGUCAAAUGUU